CUUCAACGUCACACGAUAAUUCAUACGUACGUGCUAUUCUUUUCCCUUUUUUCCGCUCUUCGAUCUCAAGUAGGUCCUGCAACUCUUGAAUUACUCUAUCUACUUGGAUUACAGUUGGAUGCUGCUGGUGUCCAUCAACUGAAGCAUCGUAUCAUGAAGCUGGAGGCACCUGUGUGUUUUGAAGAUGUUGCUGUGACAUUUUCAGAUGAAGAGUGGAAUAUGUUAAAUAAGCAGAAGAGGAGACUGUACAGGGACGUGAUGGUGCAGAAUUAUCAGCUAAUGAUUUCCUCAGGCUACUGCAUUCCAGAGGAGAAGCUGUUGGCACUUAUUCGGAGAGGUAAAGUACAACCUGUUAAUUACACUAGAGGAAAGUGGACAAAGAAACAGCACAAAAAUUACCAGGAAAUUACCCGACAUGAUGCAGAUUCUGCAGAUUGUCCCUCAGAACUUCUGAAAGGCUACAAACAAGCUGCUGGUAAAAGACAGAUUAAAGGUACCUUUCACAAGACAAGUUUCACAAAGACUGUACAGUUAAAUAAAAGAAGUUCAGGAAAGCUUCAAACAAACCAGCUGGACAUACGUUCACACAGUGUGGGGAUACGUGCAGUAGACAUUACUUCCAAACGUAAGAAAUACAAGAAUAAAUUUGCUAAAAGAUCCAGUUCACAUGAAAUGAUUCAAAAAAGAGCAAAUGAUAAGCAGAUAUGUGUUGAAAAGCUGUCUGAACAUACUGAUCACAAAAGGUGUUUUCAACAAAGAAGUGAAUUGAAGAAAUACCAGUUGGACCAGUACAAGACACGUACUAGUAAAAAUGCUUUGAAAUGUAAAGGUCAUAAACAUACUGGAUGUGACAUUCAGCAUGACAGACCUCAGCAGGUUAAUUGUGGUGACAGGCCCUUUAAGUGUGCAGAUUGUGGAAUGUGUUAUAAACGUAAAGCCCAUCUUGAUAGGCAUAGGGUGGGUCAUACAGGACUGAAACCUCAUAAAUGUAAAUUCUGUGAAAAGGCUUAUACUCAUAAAGAUGGACUCAUGCGUCAUCGGUGGGUGCACUCUGAGAAGAAGCCAUUUGUAUGUACUCUGUGUGAAAAAGGGUUUGUUUUGAAGCGUGACCUUUUAUCUCAUAAUAGGGAGCAUACUGGGGAAUGUGCAUUUAACUGUAAUGAUUGUGGGAAAAGUUUUAAAUGGAAGCGGUCACUUUUGGAACAUCAGUUAUUGCAUUCUGGUGAAAUAGGACCAUUCAAGUGUAUCAAAUGUGAGAAGAGUUUUCCUUGCAGGUCACGUCUAAAUAGACAUGAAAUUAUUCACAAGCAGGAAAAACCUUUUAAAUGUUUUGAAUGUGGAAGCAGUUUUAACUACAGGCCACAUCUUACUAGGCAUCAGUUAAUUCACACUGUGAAGCCUCUUGUAUGUGCAGAGUGUGGAAAAUGUUUUAGAAGAAAAUGUGAACUGCAAAGCCAUCAUUUAGUACACACAGGGGAGAGGCUUUUUGAAUGCAGCAAGUGCUGGAGAACUUUCACGCAGAAAGCUGAUGUCUCUAAACAUGAAAAGCUCCACACCAAGGAACAGAAGAUUUGCUAAGAAGAUUCAGUUUAUUUGAACCAAAAAGACUUUACGCAUCCCAUGCCUUCUCAGCAGAUAAAACUUUCCCUAGCUACAUUUGCAACUCCUCCUUUCCACAAUGCCCAUCACUUCUUUCCAACAUAUAGUUUCUUCCUGCCUCUGAAUGUGUUUUUUGGGAUUUCAGGUAGCUUCAGGUUAUGUUUUAAAGACAUUUUCAUAUUUGCAGUAUUUUCUCUCUGGUUUUAUGAAUGUAGAUUGGCAGUCUUAUUUGUUAUUCUAUUUUAGUCUUUUUGCUGUAUUGUAGUUUUUUUCAUUUUUGUGUUAGUUAAGCAUCUUCGUAUGCAUUUAAGGUGUACUUGCUUUAUUUUUGCUGACACCUUUUUUCCAUUGGUUUGUUCCUAAGGGUUUGGUUCUUUUAUUCCCCAUCACACCUUGUUCCUGUAGUAAGUGCAACUUCAGCAAGUACUUGUUGACCUUCAUGUUAAAUGUACUUAUUACUUAGAUCCACAGGAGUUAUCUGAGUCCAGUGAUGUUUGUGCUAUGUUCAAUGAGGCAAUUUUGACAAGAUCAAGAAAGCAGCUUUGUUCUUGCUUAAAGUUCUAGUCAUGGAAAGGUUUCAGUAACACUCUUCAACUACUGGCUCUACAGGGUUGCCUUGAUCUUCGUGAUCUUUGCAGUCAUGAAAAAAAUCUUUAAGGGUAAAUGUGCUAAGUUGGUUAGGAUCAAAGGCAUGCUUUCUUCAGAAGGAUCAGGGAUCCAGGCCACAGCUAUGGGGGAGUCCUCAUUCUCCAUAAUUCGUUACAUCUUUCCAUGAUAGUGAGGAGUUGUACAGCUUUUCUAGCUCUGUUCCUGCAUACUCAUAUUUGCGGGGCCACUUGCCACCCAGCAGUCCAUUGGUCCCUGCUGUUCUUACCAUCAAAUAUGACGAGCUGGCCAAGACCAUUGUGGAACUUCAAUACAGACUGCCAGUUUCUACCCUUCAAGCCCUCUGUUAUCUUUUGAAAGGAGAGAAUUUGCCUUGUGAGUACUAAUUAUUCUUCUGGUCCCUACUUCAAGUACCACAACACUGUUCUGCUAGCUCACGUACGGCUUCUUUUGAUCCUCUCCUGUCCGUCUAACAUUGGGUGGGCUAGUAUCAGUAACACUAGAACAUGGUCAUCUUCAUCAUCUAGUGGGUCACUCUGAUAUGAUGCCGCCUUUAGGGAGUCAACCAUUGUCCCCUCCUACAUAUACCCAUCUCUCUGAUCUUACAUUGACUCCUUCAGCUCCUAUACCAGUUUUUCUGGUGUUGUUUCAACUUCCUGGUAGACAGGCAGUGGGUUCAGUGCCUGUCUGCUAUUGGCGAUACCAGUAUUGACAGGAUUGAUGCAGACUAUGCAAACUCACCUGACUUUUGGGAAACUAGUGGCAAGUACCAGUGCUCUAAUGGAUAAGGCAUUGGUCUCCUAAGCCAGGGAUUAUGGGUUUGAGUCUUAUCUAGGGGUGGCAUAAUCUUGAUACAAGUACACAUUUUUAAUGUUGAGGUUUGGCAUAAUGAAUAAGGUGUUUACCUCACAGACAGAAGGUAAAGUGUUUGAUUCUCAUCUUUGAAAAGAACACUGGGUAGGCUUAAAAUGCCUCCCAAAGUGUUCUGGUCUAGAUUACUCCAGUACUAGAGGGUCCAGCACAGAACAUCCAUCCUGCUCCAGCAUAGGUAUUCACAGAAUACUGGAUUCCUCACCCUUUUUGCAGAUCAGUCAGGGACCACUGUCCACAGGAUAUUCAGUUUUAAAAUGGCUUGUUUUAUUUUCUGAUGUAGAAGAUUGUAUAGAUACUACAAUUAAGAGAACCCAAAAUAUCUCAUCUUGUUGAUCCUUCUACAUAAAAUAAUGAAGAAAAGUCUAUUUCUCCACCUUCCUUUCUGGAGGACUUUAGCUUUAAUGAAGUUUCUGGAGAUGAUGGAGAAAGGUAAAAUUGGCUUUCCUAGGGUCUUAACUAUCUUCAAAAGACAGCAAGGGGUGUAUGUCAAUAUCCUUUGGUCGACAAUAUUGGUAAUUCUUUGAAGGCAUCUUGGAAUGGUACAGUCAUUAUAGCCACAUGCCCAAGAAAAUUAAGCAAAGUCUUUAGACAUGUAUCCAUAUGGUCCUGUCUGGGCAGACACCCCAAGACAAAUAUGACUCCCUCUGCAUCCACCAUGAGAAGAAACCCUGCUUUUCAGUCUCAGUUUCUCCAUCCUUCUGACAAGGAAUACAGGGCCCUGGACAGGGUGGGGAUGUGGAUCUUUGCAUCCUCCACAUUAUGUUUCAGAGUAUUGAAUUGAUUUCUACAUUUAAUUUUAUUUAUUUGUUUGUAUUUGUUAAUCAAGGUAGAGCACUGUUCCAGAUGGACAAUUUUCAGACUUUACCAGGGGUCACUUUCUGAUUAAGUGACUUGCUCAGAGGAGCACAGUAGACAAAUGGAAGCUAAGGGAAUCAAAUCCAGGACUACUAGAAAUAGAAGAGUUAACAGCUCAUAGCCUUAAUCCUCUGUGCUAACUGAGGUUAUCCUGUUUUCAAAGAGACAUUUCAGAUAAACAUGUGCUUAGUAUUAAGGCCUAUUGGAUGAAUCUGGCAAGGAAAAGCUCACCAGUUAAGCAUCUACAGCUUUCACGUUUAACAUCCUCAUGGUAAGACUUGCAUUUAAUGAUCCAGCACUGCCAUGCACUGGCACUCAGGGUUAUACCUUAUCACCUUUGUUGGACACAAGUAAAAUUUCUGGGCACACUUGGAAAGGUCAUUUGCUGUUUGCACCUGAAAUUGAUCAAUGCCUCCAAGACACAAAGGAGAAAAGACAGUUAAUUUCAGCCACUGGAAUGAACUUAUAUGUUCUCUAACAUUUCUUUUCCAUAACUUGUACCAGAAGAGAAAAAAUUCUAUGGCGCACCCCAAGGAGCCUAGAGCAGCAGGAAUCUGAAUGUGGGUAGUCUUCAUCAAGGCAUCAGCAGCUUCAGUGGUCCAAGUUCCAUGGGUAUCAACAUUGUCUGGGAUGCCAAACAGGUUCUGCUUGUCUUGGCUCCCACUCCAGCGAUCAUCCUUUGGAAACAGUGAGCAGAAAGUUCUGCCUUCCCUUGUUUUAGUGGUGAAAAAUAUCAAAAAAGAGGUGGAUAAGGGAGAUCAUCAGUAAUGGAUUCUGUAUCACACUAGAUGUGUCACUAGAAAGUACCAGAAAAGAGUGAGGUGCAAUGUUUACUGGUAAAACGAGUCAUCUGACAGGUUGCAGCACACCAUAUGAAACAAGCAUUAUGUUACAGUCCAUACUAGAGCCCAGUAGCGUAAAUACCCAUGUAUUUCAAGAUGUGAACCAAUGUUCUGUUUUGACCUCCAGGAUGUUUAUGUACAUGUAAAAAUUAUCAAAGAAUCAGGCAGUUCUCCACUUCAGUAAUGGGCCAGUCAGUAGCAAUUUCAUUUCCUGCCUUCUGGUAUCACCUCGGCCUUCUGACUGCCCCAAAUGCAUGCCAGCAGUUGCAGCCUAUCUCAACGUGGUAGUUAUCAAGAGCUUGUCUUUAUCUGAAUGACUGGUUUCUAGUGUUGUCCACAAGGAAAAUGUUAUCCAGCACAGGAGUCUUCUCUGAAUAUUUCCCUUUGUGGCAGUUUGCCAUCAGUUUGGCAAAGUCAGAGUUGUGUUCCACACAAGGCAUUUUAUUCAUGGGAGCCAUGAUCAUUUCCAAGGUAGUUUGUUUACCUUUGGAGUGAGUACAGAAGGUAUUUCUGCCAGUUUCUUUCUUGAUGUCAUAGAGUCAGAUACCAAAAGAUUUUUCCUUCCAAGCAGUGAGGCUGAUGGUAGCAAGAGUGUCCACAUCACAUUACAUAUGCUUAUCUUGCUGUGGACACUUGUGUCUAAGAGGUCUUAACACCUGGACUAGCAAGGGAGAAUAAUCAGAAUCUCUAUUACAUGUUGUCACAAUCUGCUUUGAUGCCUACAUUUGGACACUACUUUUGAAGGAAGCUCUAUGUCUUAUGCUACAUUCUCAACUACAGUUGCCAUGGUUGCCUCUGCUCUAGAAUGGGGGCAGUUCAUUUGGUGGACAGUCCAAGAGACGCAGUCUCUAUGAGAGCUGUCCUUUUACACCAGUGUUCUGGAAAUGAGGACAGUCUUCCUAAUCCAACAGACAUUUUGGGUGAACUUCCUCCUGGAGUUCUAUCACUUCAUUCAGCAAUAUGGUUGUAGUUUGUUCUUUGCUGUUCAUUAACAUAGAAAUGUCCUGCUUUUCCUGGUACAUCAGAAAACAUGGCAGAACAAAGUCCUACUGCCUUUUUCAAGAAGCAGUGAGACUGUGGGAGAGGGAAGUCUCAACCCAUCAUUUUGUAACUGCCACACAUAUUGCAGUGGUAACCAAUCUCUUGCAGGUAGACUCAGACAUUGUGUUUUAAUGUGAGUAGUCUCUCAGUCUGGUCACUGUCAAGAUGCUGUUCCUGAAGUGAGCGUUCCUGGUUUACGGCUUGUUUAUCUGUUUGAAUAGUGCCAAAUGCUGAAGAUUUUUUUUCUCCUUGAUCCCUCUUCUCAGUGGACAGGGUAGGGAUAUACUAACACAGAAGUAGCCUCAGGGGUUUUGCUAUCCCCUAUUGAUGAUGAAGUUCAUCUGGAAGGCCAGGCUUUACAGGAUCAAGAUGAUUUUUAGUAGCCAUAUUCUGGCCCAGGCAAAUGUUGGUUUCAUGAGAAAUCUCCUUUCAGGGUGCUCAUUAACUUUCCUUUAUCACUGUUCAACAGUGCACAUUUGAACCUUUAGACUGAAAAUAACAGCUUGGAUGCUCCACUUCUGUUAGCUAGGGAUUUUUUUUUUUUUUUUUGAGUAGAGUGCUGAAUAUUUUGUAAAUAUCUCAGAAAGUCUCACCGAGAAGACUCAGAAAAACAAUUUGAAAAGGAACUCUGUAUAAACUGGAUAUCACAACCUGAAUCCCUUUCAAAAUAUGUUUCAGUAUUUUUUUCAAUAUUUGAACGUUUUGAUUCACAUGUAAGUAAGUUAUUGAUUUGUUUAAAUAUAUUUUGCUGUCAUAUCUAACUCUUGCUGGGCAAGAUUCGUCUUGUUUAACAUCUCUUAAGAUUUUAUUUAUUUUAUUUAUUUUACAUUUGUUGACCGGGCUAGUCCAACUGGAUAUAUAUCCGUUUACAGCAGAGGCCCAGGGAGAAAAGCUCCAGUACAGUCCAAAAAA